AUGUUUUCGGUGAAGAGUUGUACUAAUUUUCCAGUUCGAAGCAGAAUAUUGAACAAACAUUUAAGAGAGUCGAGUCGAUUGUAUUCUAAUUACUCAACCAAUUAUUCCAACAGUUAUUCCAACAGAUUUGGAUUCAAUAUUGAAAACAGCAAUAGGAAUGAUGAAAAUGGAACUGGAAAUGAAAAUUUAAAUAAAACUUCGAGCAAAAAUAAUGGCAAUAGUGGCAAUAAUACAACAUUUGACAACCAUCAUUUAAAUUAUUUUAGCAAUGAAAAAAGAGAAUUGAUUUUGACUAUAUUAAAUUCCACAGCUACUAAGCGAGAAGCACAAACAUAUUUCAAGAAAUACACACCAUUGAUUGCUAAUGACGAGAAUCAAUUAACAAAGAGAAAUGAAUUGAUCAAUAAGUUGUUGUUGAGUGAUAAUAUUGAAAGUGUUAAUAAUAUUGAUAUCAAUAAUGAUAGCGAGAUAAAAGAGUUUAUAAUUAAGGAUAAUAUUAAUGAUUAUAAGAAAAAGUGUGAAAAGAAGGAUAUUUUACAAUUAUCAAAAGUUUUAAGGAUAUCGUUAAUUAAAUUUAAGAAUAUUAAGAGUAUAUCUCCCAAAGUGUUAAAAAAUAUUGGAUUAACUAUAUUGAAACUAAUCAAGUUGGGAGUUAGUCCUAUCAUAGUGAUUGAUGAGUAUAACUUUAAUAACCAUGAUUACAAUGUUAAUAAUAAGUUAUCAUUUAGCCAAAUUGAGAAGAAUCUUGAGAGACAAUGUGAGCUAAUCGUUAAUAUAAUUGAGGAUUCGAUUAAUCUGUUUGGUGGAGAUAAUAUUAUUAGAGAAUUAUUUGAAAUUAAUGAGGAAAACGAGGUUUUACUAAAUAAUAUUGAGCUAGUUUUAAUACCAUUAAUUCAGGGAGUUGUACCAAUUAUUUACCCCAGUGGAUAUUAUAAAGUGGAUAGUUCAAUUAAAUUUCUACCAAGUGAUUUAAUCAAUAAUGAGAAUAAUGAGAAUAAUGAGAAUGAAGAUCUAUUAUCAAUUGAAAAAAUCAUUUAUAUUGACCCAUUAGGUGGAAUUCCAUCAUUAGAAAGGUCAACGGGAUCCCAUGUUUUAGUUAAUUUAGAACAAGAGUAUUAUGAUAUUAUCUCGGAAUUGAAUAUGGGGUUUUUAAAACCAUUUAUUAAAGAGCAACAUAUCUCCAAUUUAAACUCGUUAAGAGGCAUAUUAAACAAUCUACCAGACAAUUGCACUGGAAUAAUAACUUCUCCCGAGGCAGCAGGCAUCAUCAAUAACCAUCCAAACAAUGGAAAUGUGAUUGAGAAUUUGGUAAUUAAGAAUCCAAUUGUAUACAACAUAUUGACAGAUAGACCAAUCAUCUCGUCCUCGUUGCCAGUUUACUUGAAGAAAACACCAAUCGUGUCCACAUCGAUCAUUCGAAAGGGUCUUGGGGUGAAGCUCUUGAAGAACGAUACUGAGGAGGGACUCAACUUGGUGGAGUUAGAUACAAAGGGAGAGAUUUCGUUGGUGAAGUUGAAGGAGCUCAUCGACGACUCGUUCAGACGGAACUUGGAUCUCGAGCAUUAUCUUCGCCGUGUGAACGGCAAAGUGGCCGGCUUGGUCAUUGUCGGCGACUACGAGGGUGGUGCCAUAAUUACGUACGAGAGCGCUUUCGAUAGCGCCGGCCGCAUGGUCACCGUUCCUUACUUGGACAAGUUCGCUGUGAAGCGCAAGGCUCAGAGCUCGACGGGUGUUGCCGACAUCGCCUUCAAGAGCAUGGUCAAAGACUUGUUUCCGGACGAGCUCGUCUGGCGUUCGCGAAGCAACAAUCCGGUGAACAAGUGGUACUACGAGCGCAGCAAGGGCAACUUUGUGCUUGCAAACACCAUGUGGCGGUGCUUCUGGGUUGGCGAACACACCCGUGAACACGUGGCUCUCGAGGCCUAUGCGGCCAUCUGCCGCUCGAUCUCUCCGUCCUGGGCCAGCUAG